AACCGCGCAACUUUACAUUCACUACUUUCCUCCACCUCUGACAGGUAGCGCACGAUUAUACACGCUAACAACAAUUUAUUAAAGUCGCUUAUCCUAAAAUCUUGUCUAUGUUAAAGUUUUGUCUAUAAAGUUUUGAAUCAGUAACGCGUUUUGGUUUCAGUUGGAAGCUUCUACUGGAUAUUCGAACUUACACAUACGUUAGCGACAUGCACAAGGGCUUUAAAACAACAAAAUUAAAAAAGCUCGUGAGACGGUCUGGCUCGCGAGCGAUAGAGAGAGAGAGAAUCAAACUUUGCACUCUUCAUUUGUGCACCAAUCGAGAAAAAAUUCAAUAAAGCUCGCUUCCUUUUGUCUAAUUGCCUAUGUAAACCUACUUAUAACAUGGCGAUUGUUCGAUUUCUGCGACAUUCCGGGGAGAACAUGGGGUGCCACGAUGUUGUUUACACUUGUACUCAUAGAACACAGCGCGCUUUUGUUGACCUCAUGAAUACAACAAUAUCGUCAAUGUAAACUUUUGAUCUUAACUCACUUAUAUUGUUACUCUUAAUGCUUCGAGUUUAUUACCGUGAAAGAUUUAUAUGAAAAAAAUAAUUAUAGUGGAGUAGAUAUUAUUAGUUCGUUUUUUUUUGGUUUGCUAGGAAAUGCCCGGCUACGGACUGUCUCAAGUGAAAUGCGAACCGCUCUCGGACGAAGAAGACAGCGACUCACAAUUCGCGCACAGUUAUCUAUCCAGUCAGCAGGGCAGCGGCUUGGAGGAGCUGGCCCCGCUGGCCCCGGCCGCGCCCGCCGCCACGCCGGUCUGCGUGAAGCAGGAGCGCGCAGAGUCACCGCCUGCUGCCACGCUGGAGACUCUUGAGUCUGCUCCUCAUAAUGCACAGAGCACAUCACUGCUGGAUCGUCACAUGGAAUUCAUGAACGUCAGCGAAGUUCCCGACUCCACUGACUUCAUGCCGCUACUGGCUGUCAAGGAUGAACCGUCUUCAGAAGGUGAGCAACCGCACCUCAGUGGCGAAGACACGAGCGACUCAUGCGGGAGACAAGCCUCGCCCGCGCCCCGACACAGCCCAAAGAGCUGGACGCAGCAUGACAUGGAACGAGCUCUCGAAGCCCUCAGAACACACCAGAUGAGCCUCACUAAGGCAUCAUCAACAUACGGCAUUCCGUCGACGACGCUGUGGCAGCGCGCGCACCGGCUCGGCAUCGACACGCCGAAGAAGGAAGGCGCCGCCAAGUCAUGGAGCGAGGCAGACCUGCGAGGAGCCCUGCAUGCCCUCAGAGCCGGUGCCAUCUCCGCUAAUAAAGCCAGUAAGGCGUAUGGUAUUCCCAGCAGCACAUUGUAUAAGAUAGCGCGUCGCGAGGGCAUCCGUCUGUCGGCGCCCUUCAACGCGGCGCCAACCGCCUGGCGCCGCGCCGACCUGCAGCUCGCGCUCGCCGCCAUCCGCGCCGGCAGCAGCUCCGUGCAGCGAGCCGCCACCACAUACGGCAUACCCACUGGAACCCUGUAUGGGCGGUGUAAGAGGGAAGGCAUCGAGCUGUCCCGCUCCAACCCCACGCCAUGGUCUGAAGAUGCCAUGGGAGAAGCGCUCGAGGCAGUACGUGUGGGCCAGAUGUCUAUCAACCAGGCGGCCAUUCACUACAACCUGCCUUACUCCUCACUCUACGGCAGAUUCAAGCGCUGCAAGUAUCAGAUGCAGGGUAUCCCUCAAACCCAGCAACCCCAACAAGAGCUUCAAAACCUGGAAUCAGAACAACCUCACGAAGUGCCACAAUACUACCACCAGCUACCACCUCACCAGGAACCAGACCCACACACAUACACACACAUGCACGACUACACCCACACUCACGAACAGUACGGACAGUACUACCAGGGCUUCAACAGUAUCGCCACCAGCUGAGGGUAUGGCCCCACCUCAAAUAAUGAGGGUCUUUGAUAUUCAAACUUUUUAGAAUGAACAUCGACACCACACCCAAAUAGGUACUGGUUGCUUAAAAAAAUAGUGGCGUCGAUUGUCAUUCUUGACUAUGUUUUUGAUUUUCGAAUGUUUAAGUGCGUGGUUAGUGCUUUUAACCAUUCCGCCUAUGAAGAGCGAGCGUUUCAACAAAAAUGUAACCGUGUCUAGAAUCUAAGGUGUCGUUUUCUUGUCUUCAGUAUGUGUAACUAUUUCUUUAUAAUAGCGUUUACUGAAGAGCCAUUUUGGCAAAAUUUACCAUCUAUUUUUAGUAGUUUUACUUUUUAUAAAUCGUAAUAACUUCAUUUGAACACGAGUAGCGACAUCUAUUAGGGUAAGGUAGGAAACUGCUAGCGUACAUUACAGAAAACUGCCAUUAAAAGUAAAUACGUAAUUAGCGAAUAAGUUUUAAUAUUUAAAUAUACAAUUAUACAAAAUUUCUUGCUAAAAUACCCUAACAACAUUAAUUAUUCUGGUUAGAAACCUACAAAAACUUUUGAAAAUAUUUAUUUUAUUGUCUGUAAAAAAUAACAGCUGAGUAUGUUUUUCUUGUUUUUCCUUAAUUAAUAGACAACUUAUUUAAAGUGGCGCCAUUUUUAACAAAGUUGUGUCCUUGAGUUGUGUACGAUACUCUGGUUGACGUUAUGUGAUGAAUUUCAGCAAUAUUAGGAAAUGUUUGAUAAUUUAAGUGUAUGGAUAUAAUGUAUAAGCCGUGGUAACGAAGUCUUGCUAAGAUUUGUAGUAAAUUACUACGAUUUAGUUGAGUAGUAAGUAUCUAGUGUUAUAGUGGCCAUUUCUUGUGAUUCAAGGAAAUAUACGAAAGAAUUAUUAUGAUAAGAUUGGAACAUUCUGUCCACACGUAAAUACGUAAUUUUAAUGUGAUAGAUUUAGAUAUAUAACUACAUUCGUUAGUAUUUUUGAAUACUUCGUUGUUUAGAACGUUUGCUCUUUUUUUUCAAACAUGGUUUACGGGUUUGUCCAUUCACCGCUAGAUGGCGUAACUCUGCUUUUGUAUCCGUCAAUAGAUGGCGUUGUUUAAAGUUUACAAUUUUUUGACGAUGUGCAAUAUGAACAAAAUUAUUAUUCCAAUCUGUAUUAUUCAUAGUUAUACAAUGUGCAAUUAUUCCCACCGUAUAGUAAAAACUUAGAACAUAAUAAACUCGAUAG